GUCCACUUCACCCCAGGCCCAAGCCCAAGACUUCAAUCGACAAACGCAGGAAAAUUAGGGCAGUACAAUACCUUCUUGCAGAAGCUGACGGUGAGAAAAGUGGAAUUAAGGAGCUAAGAAAAUGGCAGAUGAAGCAAACAGAAGCGCAUUUCUUGAAAUCCAAGGUCGCAUGAUCGAGACAACCGGAAAACUGAAGCAGGUUCAGAAUCAGAUGCGAAAUAAAGAAGGAGAAAAGAAAAGAGCGUAUUUAACCUUGGAGGAGCUCAAACCAUUAUCCGAUGAUACAAAUACGUAUAAAUCCAUCGGCCGAACAUUUGUUUUGGAACCCAAGUCAGUUUUAGUGGAAGAACAAGAACAAAAGCUCAAGGAUAGUGAAGCUGCUCUUGCUUCUUUGCAGACGUCAAAGGAGUACUUAGAGAAGCAGAUGGCCGAGGUGGAGACGAACCUGAGGGAGCUUUUACAACAAGAUCCCGGACUUGCUCGUCAGAUAAUGUCCAUGUCUGUAUAAGCUCUGUGAAAUUCUUCGUCUCGUCUGUUUGUAUUUGAUUUUCACUUCUUUACAUUUUAAGGAAAUUGUGACGAGUUUUAACUUGGUUUGCAAGUUGGUACCCAUUUUCAGUCUUUAAAUCCUCCAGAGGAUAUAUGUUCAGUGAUUCUAUAUCAUCGUGAUUGUGCAGUUCAGACA